AUUUCAAAAUAAAUACAGUGAAUCAAUGAUUGAUACAGAUAUCGUGAAAAUACUAUAGGAACAUAUUCUAGCGAGCUCUGAUGCACUUUGACCUAUCAUUUUAGAACAAUAUACAACUUUAUUCAUUCCCAAAGACAAUUACAUGCUCGUAGAUACUACAUACAUAUACAUGUUGAAGCAAUUUCUUUUCUCUCUCUCACACACACACACACAUUCCCAGCAACAGUAGCCAACCUUAGGUCACCUGAGCUUCGUACAAGUUUCUGCCCAGUAGAGUUUAUCAAGUGCAUAUCACAUGAAAAAAGGUAAUUGCGGCAACUAUUGGUUCGGAACACAGGCAUCGCGUACCUACAGACUACAAGUCAAAACUCACGUGCAAAUACAUGAUCGACGGAGGCCCCAUUACCACAUAUUCUAGUGGUUAUGAAGAUGGAGAACACUUGGCGGAUUCAAUGUGCUGCAUAUUUGUAUCUCACAAGGAAGACAAAAGACUAAACUUCGUGAGGGCUCCUUGCGUUCUGCCUCAUUGGUGAGUAGUAAAGUCCAGAGUGACCUUUCCUAUCAACGGUUUUCCUGUCUUGUGAAGACUUACCCUCAGGUAACAAGUGUCUCAAAACAACAAAAUCAUCCGUUCCUAAGAGUUUUAGACCCGAUAAGUUAAGUUUCUGGCAAAUAGUGUCAGCUUUCUUGUCUUACAUUUUGUAGGACGAUAAAUGUAAAUCCUAGUAAUUUAUAGUUUAUUUUUUGUAACCUUGGUUUAGCUUUGAUAUUUGUUUACAUCCUCUCUCAUAUUUCCGGUUAUUGUAUUUUUACCUGAAUGUUGCGGAAUAUCAAGAUGAAAUAUUAAAAGGAAAAAAUUAAACGGAUAAUUUUGAUAAAUCUAGGGUAUCACAUUUACUGUAACACCGUAUGACUUUUAUAGUAAAAGUAUCUUUAUGAGCACAUUCUUGAUGAUGUGUUUGCUAGCAGUGGUAUUCUGUUUAAACAGGAUCUGUUUUUUUUUCUGUCUCAAGCCACAGCGUGCGUGCUCACCGUGCCAUACAGUACAUAUAACCAGUAACAUUUCAUGACAUCACAAGAUGUUUCACUUUAUACAACUUCAACAGUUUCGGCAGAGAAGCACCACACCUCUGGAGAACCCGUUGAUCCUCAACUCGGCUGUGGAGGCUGGCAACUGGUCUUUGGUCAAAGAACUCAUUUCAAAUCAUAAUGUUUCAGCCGAUGUCGUCAGUCAAUCUUUUCUUUUACAGAAACUGGCAACUGCUACAGUGACUAGUUACGAAAUUAUUCAAGACAUACUGAAGAAACUAUUUUCAAACAACAGUAGCAGCACUCAAGGACUGAAAGAUAUUGCACAAGAUGCUAUCGCUGAGGCGGCAAAAUGCAGCAACUGGAACAUCUUUUUGACUUUCCUUUCGGUACCCAACAUUCUUCUGGAAGAUGAGACAAAACUAUUGUUAAUAAUAGAGAUCGUGGAAAAAAGUCAGAUACUCAGAGAAAAGCCUUGUCUACAAAUAGAUGUUCUGAGCGCUGUUUGGAGAUAUUCGCGACAAACGAUUCUGGACUGUAAAGACAAGAAAAUUCUGAACAUUUUUGUCGGACUGGUUGCAGAAUUCAACAUGUGGUCACGUGUCUGUGACCUUCUCGUUGCCAAGCCGGACCUGAACCGCCUCGACAGGGAUGGUCUGUCAGUUUUGCACAGACUCGUCAUGUGUCCUGACACCAGGUUCGACUCUCUUCUUCUCCUGUUACUUGAAAAUGGAGCUGACAUCAAUAAUAAGACCUUGAAAGGAGACACAAUACUGCAUCUGGCAGCAAAACAUCAAAAGGUUUUAACAAAGAAUCAGUCAUCACCCACAAUAUACAGUGGUUGGGGUGACCAUGAGUACCUUAGGUUAAAGAUUAUUACGGAAGAUGUCAAUAAACGUGCUGAACCCAAACGCCAGUUGUUAACAAGAUUAAUUAGGUCUUGUGACAGCCUCGACGAUUGUGAUCACCAAGGGAGCACGGCGGUGAUGCUGGCUGCAAAAAACAUUAACUGGGAAUUCCUGAAACUGUUGCUGGCAAAUGGUGCCAGGGCGAGUCAUGUGGACCAGCAUCAGAGAUCCCUGCUGCAUCUUCUCGUCCUCUAUGGAUCUUACAUGGAUCCUGUCACAUGUCGAGAUCUUGAUCUUGUCCCACUGUGUGUCAACGGAGGAGCUGAACUGAACUGCGUGGACUGCGACGGAAAUUCAGCGCUACACCUGGCCGUGCAGUCCAAAAACUGGAUUUUGUUUAAAUCGUUGAUAGAACAUGGGGCAGACCCUGGACUAAUGGACUCUGCGGGGUUCAAUGUUUUGCACAGACUGGCUUUGACAGAAAAACAAUACAUAAAGGACGUCCAUAUCGCUGCCAUGACCACUCCCACCUCUCAACAUGGUGAGCAGGAGUCACCCAAUGACCAAUCAGAUUUAUUAGAUGUUUUUGAUCUUGUCGUUAACAAAACUGUUGACUUCGAGUUGCCCUGCUCAACAGGUGAUACUGCGCUCAAUCUGGCGGCAAAACACGAAAACUGGAUCAUGGCCAGAUAUUUGAUUGAAAGAGGAGCAAACACAAACAAGUUAGACAGCGAGGGUGUUCAUUUAAUUCAAAGGUUAAUCAAAGGAAGAACUGAGAACAGAGACAGUCUUCUAGUUUUCAAUCUUUGUCAUCCUGUCACCAGCGUUCGGGCCACGGAUUCAGUCCUGCAGCUUGCUGCCCAAGAAGAGAAUUGGAUGCUUGUAGACCAUGUACUGAAGAGCCUGGGAGGGAAUGUAGACAAGAUAGACAGCCAAGGACAAAGCGUCUUACAAAGAAUGGCAACAAGCACAAACAAGACUUUCAAGGAAGGGUGGGACUGUCCUUAUGUCAAAACUAUUUUGGGAAAGUCUGAACAUCUGGACAACCAUCAAGUCGACUUCCUCAUCCAUCUGGCGGCUUCAGCUAGGAAUAUCCACGUCGUCCAUGAACUGCUGGACAAUUUUGAUGAGGUCAACAGGACAGAUGGUCAGGGCUUCACACUCCUGCACAAAGUGGCCCAGUGCUGCUCGUCAAGCUCAGUAAUCAUUAUCAAACGACUUGUCUUCAAGGGAGCAAAUGUACAAGUGAGAUGUCCAAGCGGAGAUACAGCGCUUCAGCUGGCAGCUAAGAGCGGUAACUGGUUGGCGGUCAAACCCUUGCUAGAGUCUGGAGCCAGCGUGGAUUCCGUUGAUAGCUCUGGAAUGUUCCUACUCCAUCGACUGACUGAUCAGUCGCAGCUAAACAAAAUGUUGGAUAAUGUUUCUGAGGUAGAAAAACUUGUCCACUAUCUGGUUACUCUAUUUGCCAAAGACAUUACAGUUAAUCUGAAGGAUCCCAAUGGCAACACACCUUUACAUCUGGCUGUCACAAACAAACAGUGGGGCUUGGCAAAACAGCUUAUAAUUAAAGGAGGGUCGCUUAACGAACGGGAUGCACAAGGAUACACUGUUUUACAUAAACUUGCCCAGGUUCGGCAUGAGAUAAUAACCUGCAAAUCCUUUACAAAAACUGUCAGUCACCUGGACAUUCUCGACUUAGUCGAUUGCAGUGUCCAUAUAGAUGCACUGGGUCCUCACGGCAACACGGCAUUAAUGCUGUCGGCGAGAGACAACAACUGGGAAACCGUCAACCGAUUAUUGAACAAAGAACCAAAUGCUUUCCUUAGAGACAAUCAGGGUUUGACAGUCCUCCAUAGACUAGCAAUAGCAACACCGACUUCACUGGGUACGACUCGGGACUUGAUGAGCACAAUCCUGGACAAACUGAUCUCACGUGGUGUUGCAGUCAAUGCACGUGACACAGAAGGCAACACGCCAUGUCAUUUGGCCGCGAAACAUGGGAACAUGGAGAUGGUGUGGCGGCUCCUGAAGUUUGUGGUCAACGUCGACGAGACUGACAGCGAGGGCUUCACCUUGUUGUCGAGAGUCGCUCAGACCAAGUCUCCCAGAUGUCAGGACAUCGUCAGUCGCCUGAGGGAAAAAGGUGCUGACGUCCAUAAGACAAGUCCUGACGGCAAGGUACCGUUACUUCAGUCAAUCCUAUCAAGAAACUGGUCUGUAACAGAAGUACUUUGGCCUUGUACGUUGAAAAGCACUAUUGCUUGUGUAUUUCAAGAAGAAUACCUGUUUCUACAUCGCCUUGUAGAAGAGAUUCAAGAUCCAUAUUUUAUCACUCGUGUGCUGGUGGGGAGAAAGGACACAUUGAUGCAGAGAAGUUUGAACGGGAUGUCAGCCAUUCAGCUCGCAUUCGCAAAGAAAAAAUGGAAACUGGUUGUUGAGUUAUUCGAUGAGGGUGGAUACACCGACUUUGAAGCUAUUUCGGGAGACACCGUUUUCCAUGGCUUAGCAGAAUGUUACAAACAUAUGAACUCUUUACGCUUAAUCCAUAGUGCCAUGCCAAACACUUAUCUUAACAUCAACUUACGUGAUGAUAACGGCAACACUCCUUUAAACAUCUUGUGUAGUGCCAGCAGCUGGGAUCUGAUCAAGUCAUUUAUUGAGCAUGGAGCUGAUGUGAACUUGCCUGACCAAGAUGGGUUUACUGCUAUUCAUAAAAUAUCUACCUCUUCCCGUUUGAGCCAUCUGUCAGACCUACUAAACACAUGCGUGGAAUACGGAGGAGAUAUACAUGGUCAGGGACCUCAACAUGAAACGGCUGUGAUGCUGGCACUAGAGAAAAAGAACUGGCCUAUCUUUUGGCAGCUUGUACUUUUAGGAGCUUGUUUCGACUUGUCUCAAGCUGAUAAAUGUUUACUUCUGAGAAAACUGUCUUAUGUUCCAAAAAGUAAUAUUUAUUUAGAAAAGUUGUCGCAAAUCAUACUUUGUCUCACACAACCAGGUUUAGAUUGUUCGACUGGUCACACAAGUGGACUUGAAACACGUGACUCUUCCGAAAAAAGUGUCAGUUGUUCUGUGUCCACAACAACUAAGCAGCACUUGCAGACUGGAUCCUAUUCUGAACUCAGUACCUUUGAGAAAUUAUUUGAAAAGUGCAUCAAGCGUUCUAAUUGGACAGUGGCUAACCUACUGCUUCAGUAUGUACCUACAAUUGACAUCAAAAGAUUAUUUUUUAGAAAACCUCUCAUCCACGUGAUAGUUGGUUUAUAUCAAGAGAAGGACUACGACACCUGGCUGACUUUUCUGACUAAGCUACUUGAUUGUGGACUUGACAUCAACAGUGAUGAUGGGAAGGGGAGAAAUGUUUUAAUGAUGCAGGAAGUUUUGCGCACCAUUGAAAGGAAAGAAGAAAACCCAAAGGCACUAUUCGGAAUCUUGCUUCAAAAGGGAGUCAAUCCUACGUUGGUGGACAAUAUGGGAAAUUCACUGCUUGUGCAUAUCAUGAAGACGCGCAAAAAGAAUAUUUUAAAAAUAAUAAAAAGACUUUUCGAGAUGGGACUGCCGUCCUUCAGGCCACAAAUUGAGGGAAUGAAGCAUGUGACUCAUUCACUUUACCUGUCACAGAUGAAGAAAGCAAUCAACUGCAUAAAAUCAUCUGGUGUCAAGAUUCUCAUUGAAUGUGGAGCCCUAUCCAACGCAGAUGUGUUUUUGCUCAGCACAGAAUUGGAAGCGGAAGCUAGGUACGAGUCACGUGAUGCUAAAGAUUCAGAAGCAGAAAGCAUUCGUCAGGUUCUUCAACAGGCAGCUAGCCAGCCCCAGUCUCUGAAAUCUCUGUGUCGUCUCACUGUGUCUCGAGCUCUACCCAUUGGAGUCAACAGAAGGGAUUUGGUCAAGUCCCUUCCCAUCCCCUCUCUCUUCACAAACUAUCUGAUGUUCACCGAUCUGAUUCCAGACCUUCAUGACGACUCUCAAGACAGGAUAGAGGAUCCUUUGACAAGAUUUGAACCUUUUGAUGCUUAUUUACGUGUUUAUAAGUGUAUCCAUAGUCUUCAUAAAGAAGUAAUGUCGAGGAUUAUCAUAAAGAGGAAGGGAACGACAAUGACGAGGAAGUAAAGCAAGAAAAUAAUGACAGUAUAGACGGCAGUAACACAAAAAACACUGGGUUUUGUCGGUGUUCUUGAUAUAUCUUACAGCAGACCCUAGAUGUCUAGACAGUGGACAUUACAACAGACUCGCUUUGACUAACGAAGAUCACAUAGAGAACUUAAUUGUGUUUAUUGUGUUCACUAAUCUGCUUAAGAUAUUCGUAUCCAAACACUCUAUGUCGAACAGGCCACAAUGUGUUUUAUUUACCUGGUAUGUAGCGAAACUGGACACUUAUGAAACACCAAGUGUAUCACCAAGCUAGCAUCUAUGUAAAGAGGUUUUACCAUCUCACACUUUGCCAUGACUACUACUUGCUCUCAAGCGGAGUGAGAAAAUGACAGCCACCUAUCUACAAGAUGUUGACAAAUUAUAUUUAUUAUCUGUUUUCAAUCUUUUCCUCAAGAAAGGAGUUGACUUGAGCUGUGAUGUUCGAUACCAUGCUCCAUCUGGCGGGAAACAUAAAUGUUAGUCACCCAGGUAGCUUUUGUGUCACUGAGUGUGUACGAAGGACCAAACAGUUCAUAUUUUCUACUAAUUUGACAAAAAAUGUUUCCAAUCACGGCAUCGGCUUAAGCCAAAGAAAUGUCUGUACAUUUUUUUGUUUUUUUUGUUUUGUUUUUUGUGGGGUUUUUUUUGGGGGGAGGGGGUGCGUGGAUGGUGGGGAUUGAGACUUUUUAGUGCAACGAUGUUUUUUUUCCCCACAAUAUAGACACUUUAUGCCUGUGUCCCCUCAAAGCAAACUUAAAAAUAAUGAUUAUAUAAAAAAAGGUCUUUUAAAAUUGAAAUUCUAUAGGUCUUGUAAGAGAUAAUAAAACAACCUUCAAAACAUUGCUCACUUAAACACCCGUAUACAUUUAUAUCAACAUUUUUCAUUAUUAUCCUUUUUCUGUUUUUUUUAAAUUUUUAUUAUCGUAAAGCAAGCACUUUUGAUUAUGCUCAGAUGCUAUCAAAGCCAGUAUGGAGACAUGGGUAGUGUUACAAAAAAGCGAAAGUUUAUAGAAAAAUAAGAAAUGCAAAAACAAUUAGUUAAGUAUUACUCACUUUAAGACUUAUUUUUUUCACAACCUUCACAACACACACAUGUAUCUACUCGUUUUUAUUACCAGGUAAUAACUUGUAGACAGAUUUUUGUAAAGACCUACAUAUAAGUUACAGCUACUUCCUAGACACAUUCAAAACACUAAAAACACUAGAUCAUCGCUCAUGGCAAACAUGGUAACUGUACUAUAUCAGCCUGCCAAUCCUGUUAUAAACUUCAUGUCCAUUUGUCUGAUUUUGUUUGUGAAUAUAUGUCCUUUGCUAUGCCUUUCUAAUUUUUUUCUAUUCUUUCUGGGAUGCUCUUGUCCAUUCCUGUCGUUUUUACAGCAGGUCGUUCAGCCGUUUACUGUUUGUUUUAUCUUGCUUGCCAUUUCUUUGACAGAUCUGCAUACUUUUGAAUAUGUUUUGUCUAUUGCGAUUAAAGGCUAAUAAGAACACAGAGAUAUUCUUUUAGCUCUCCAUCUUUGUUAUCUCAUUGAACUAAUUAAUCCAGGGUGUCCUGUUAUUUGUUUUUAUAUUUUCCUUCAAAUAGUCUCCCGUUCCUGUGUAUUAUAAUUGUGUGUAGAUAACUCUUCCUUCUUAUCAUCAUCAUCAUCAUCAUUAUCAUCAUCAUCAUCAUCAUCAUCAUCAUCAUCAUCAUCAUCAUCAUCAUCAUCAUCAUCAUCAUCAUUCAUACCUUGACUAGUACUACCUGAUCACCAGAGAAGCUUGAAUGCCAGUUGAUGUGUCCAGCCGGUCCAGGUCGUCGAAGGAACCUUACCAGACUCAGCAUCUCGCAAUAGACAUUAGAGACUGUCUUGGGAGGUUCAUUCACGUCCAGUUCUUCGUUUGUUUACCUUGGCUGUGACCUCCUUCCACGGAGCCCUGGAGGAUGGUUUUGGGUCAAGUGAGGUGUUAGACAACUUGUCUGAACAAGACCAGCUUACCCAAACGCAUGUCAACAUUAAACAAUACAAAUAACUUUGAAAACUGUGUGGACAAAAGGAAGUAACAUGGUCUCCACCCGCAACAUCAACUUGUAAUUCAAUGUACAAACCUUUUUCAUAUUUAUAUAUUUUUGGAACCACCUUUGCUGUGUUUUUGAAUUUCUAAGCAUCAACAUUAUCCAAAAGUUGCAUCUUGCAUCAUUUAAGCAGGUUGGGUUUGUCUUUUUUAACAUUGUAUAUUGCAGUGAAGCUUAAUAUAUGGAAUUGCUGAAUUUCUUGUCUAGUCGCUGCUUUUCUUUGUGUCUGUCUCUCUCUCCCCUUUUCCCUUCCUGUGCCCCAUCAAUUUAUG